AAAUCGUACUCCGCAAGCUACGUUGCCGCGAGAUGCAAGAAACAUUUCGGUACCCAAAGCCAAUCAAGUAUAUUCAAAAAGUUGUCUGUCGUCUGUCUUCAGCGAAACUUUCACUAGUGUGCGUUCCUUUUGCGAUAACCAAUGAAUAUACGUUUCUACGCGGUGUACUAACAACCACUCGAUAGUUUGUAUCACAUAUUGUUCAAGUAAUUACCGACAAAUAGGAUACGAAGAUGAAAUCUGGUGUUUGUAGAAAGUUUCAAGUGAAUCCAGUGAGAGGAUACUUUUAUCGCCGUUCGCGCUAUUGAUCAUGUUACACGUAACAACCGGCGCUGAUCUGGAGCACGUUCACGAGUACGUUGAGGAAGAAAUAGCCACUCCACAACCUCCACCCAGGCCAUAUGCAUUUGGUUAUGCGGCUGGAAGAUAUCCAGGACACAUCGACAGAACACAUUCCGAAGUAUCUGAUGGAUCUGGUGUAGUGCAAGGAUCAUACUCUUACGUAGAUCCAAAGCACAAAAUCCGGACAGUGGAGUAUAUAGCAGAUCGGGAAGGGUUUCACCCAGUUCUUAACGAACAUGUUCCUGAUCUACCAUCAGACACUCCGGCUGUAGCAGCUGCUAAACAAAAACAUUUGCAAAGAUACGCAGCGAUAGCACAGUCCCAUAAAGCCUCACAGGGAAGAGUGAUAGUACCGUUGGACACAAGAACAGUCGAGUACGCUAAACAGAAGCAUUUAGCGUUGUAUCAACAGAUUGCUGCAGAACACGCGCAGCAAGCAGCUGAGCUUGAGCAACUCAAGCGAGCACAAGGAAAUGAUGUUGACGAACAGUACUAAUAAUUAAAAUGGUACAUUAAGAAGGAUUUUUAUAAGUUGUAACAUAUUUUGUACGUUGAAUAAAUCUUAGGAUUACGUAGUACUCUUAAUGGAUGUCUUCCGCUGCACUUCAUUUACCUUAUCAUGAUGGCGCCUUAUUUGCCACGACAGUGGAUAUGACAGGAACGUUAUCAAAUAUCUUCCUAAUACCUGCUUUACACUCAGUAAGAUACAAAAGAUAUCUUGAUCAGACGCAUCCUCAUUAACAAAAACAGCUGAUUCUUUUUGUCAUUUUCUUGAAACUGCCGGUAUCCGCAUUACAUAGCUUAAAAAGUUACAUUAUGUUGAUUGUAUAUGACAUUAUAUAGGUUGCAAUCAAUUAAUGAAUUAAUUGCAAACAAUCUGACAUGAAAAUCCAAUUGAUUCGUUUUUCUGCAAGACCAGAUGCAAAAAAAUGACAGAAUCAGCAGUUUUGUUAGUGCGCAUGUUGCCGAGUGCAAAACUGGUAUUACUAUUGUAUAAUUCAAUGCUUAUUUAUUUCACCCCUUUUGCUCAAGGAACGUAUGUGGGGACAUGCAUCAAAUGUUAAAUUAAUUCGACUAUUGUCGAAGGUUAUAAAAAAUACAAAUAUGGCCAAAAUUUUUGUCCUCUACUCACGAGAAGUUUUGCGAAAAUAUCAGUAUCGAGAGAGUGAAAAUGCAAAUCUUGGCCAUUAAAUUUUGGGUAAAUUGAAACACUGUUCAAAGCUACCAAGCAACGUUAACACAGACGAAUAUGUGCUUUUUUUCAUUUUCUUCUGUUGAAACUGAUUAUGUACCCUGAAAUGUCUUUUACGUACCAGUUAGUGAGACAGAAAAGCAUUUUUACUAUGCGGUGUUGGUAUGCAAUUAUUUUUUUUGGUUUGAACUUCAUGUACAUUUAUAUUAGUAUUCGUCAAAAAUUUAUUACAGUUAUUCAUCUAUUUUACUUAUUCCAUCUCAAACACAUAAAAUGAUUUAAAUGGUAACUCGUUUGAAUUGAAAUUUUUGCAAGGUGUAAUUUCAAUGCUAAAUAUACUAAAUUAAAGUUUAACAUGAAAAAUAAAAAUAUCAUCACUUUUCCACAUUUGACCUUAUUAUGUUUUCUAUUAAUAAGACACAGUUAAUUAAAAUAAAGUUAUUUUGUUAUUUCUUUCCUAACAUCCAAAUUUCGUAAAGUCCGGUCAUUUGACCAGCUAUGAUAGAAAUAGAAGUUUUAAGUGUUUUGGUAGGUUUAGUGUUUAAAAUGUUUUAUAAAAUCAGGUGCAGCUUUAUGAGUAUCUAGGAGUUUUUAAAUCUCUAUUUUAAAUAAAAUCGUUUUUUAUAGAUAUCUUAUUUAACACGUUCGCUGCCGCUGGCUCUUAUAAGACUCAAUGCGAGAUGUUCGCCGGUGCCGCAGACUCUUAUCAGAGCCAAGGUACAAUACUGCAGGCACUCAAUGGCACAAAUUAGUAAAACGUGAUUCAGAUGGUAAAAAAACAAGUAUCCAGACAAAGAUGCAAGUCUUGUAGCAAGAACGGAAUCCGUACCCAAACGAUGUACGAAUCUAGAACAUGCCCUGAUGUUCCAGGAUUCUGCUUGGAGUGCAGCGACAUUAUUCACAAAUAAUUUUUUGCACUAAAAAUAGUCUGCAUUCACCACAAAUUCCUGUUUGUAUUUUAAAAAAAGUUGUUUCAUUUCUUUUUUUUUAUUUUAUUUAGUUUUUAUCACAUUAGGUGUAAUAUUUAUCGGAGAAGUUUUUGUUUACUUUUAUAAGUUCUCUACUAUUUUGAGUUACAAAAAUUAUUUUUAAUAUUUUAUUUUUGUUAACGGUCGAUAAUAAAUGUUUUUUUUUGCUUUUAGUUUAUUUCUAUUAUAAUAAACAAAUAAUUAUCUUCCGACUCUUAUAAGCGCCAGCUGGCACACAGGAAACCGAUUUGUAAGUUAGUGCCGUCGGCUCUUAGAAGAGC